GCACCUUAAAGUGACUUUGUGCAGAUAUAAGUGCGCAUUCCCGCGACCGCUCAAGGUUGCGAGGUUUUUGAUUGGACGCCGAGACAGACCUAGUCACUGAAAAAAAAAGAGAAAAAAAAUGCUAGUCUAACGAGACCACGUCGAGAAUUACAGAUAAAAACUUGGCUGAAUAAGAGCAAAAGUGCACCGCUGUACACUAGGAAUCGCUAAUGUCUUCCCAUAUGAGUUUAGGCGCAGGUAAAAAUGCACACACAUUUUCCAUGUAUGACAUGCAAAAUGUACGAACGUAUUAAUACGCGACUGAAUCCACAUGGGAAGGCAUCAGCGAUUCCUAGUGUACACCUCAGCGGGAGAUGCCCAUCCUCGGUCCGCCAUCUUUCGCCUCGAUAUAAGGUCAGGGCCCUCGGCCCACUUGAGCAGGGCCUGAUCGCGUCCCUCGAUCGCGGACGGACGCUCUCCGGCGACGAUUCGUGCACGCGUUCGGCCCAUGAGCGCGACAGGCCUACCGUUUCGUCGGGACGUAUCGAACUUGUGUACAUCUGUCGUCGGGUUCGGCAAAUAGUGACCUCGCACACGACGGGCAUCGAUCCAGAAUGAGGCGUGCGCGCGCGCACGCGGUACAGUAGGCGUCAGAACAUUGAAAAAAUAUUUUAAGGUACAUAAAUGAACAGUGAUCCUUUACUGUGCUCGAUUUUAUAAUGGAGAAAGCGCAAGCCGGAACGGUGCAUAAAUCCGAGUCUAGUUCCCCGGUUACGUGUGCCAGUAAAACUGAUACCAAUGAACUGUCGAAAGAGAAAGAGGAAGAGUUGUUAUACGGCGCUGAAGAAGGGGACGAUGAGGAUGCGCUGUCCGAUGACAGUUUGCGCUUGAGAUUAUCUGACGAUGAGGACGCUGAGCAAGAGAAUGCUACGACAAAUGACACAAAUAUUGCGAAAUUGAAGUCACAAAGUGAAACAACUGAACGGCCGAUGUUAGAUCCGAUCGCAGGGAAAACAUUGUGCUCUGAUCUUCAGAAGACUGUGGAAGACAAUCCCAAGUCUGAUAGUGAAGAGUCAGCGCAGAAGGAACAUGAUACAGCAGUCAAGGCCCUAGAAAAUUCAACUUUAUCCUUAAACGAAUAUACAUCCGAGAGCGAACGAAUACAAGAUAACACGUGUAACUCGGAAAAUACCAAUGUGACUCUUGAUGAAUCCAAUAAAGACUGUGCGUUCAACUCUAGCAAAGAUUUAAAAAUGACUGGUGUAAGCAACGCGUGUUCAAGUGGGGUAUUGAAGGAACAUGCCAAGUUAAAAAGUGAUGAUUCGUGUACACAGAAUUGCACACACACGAGUAAUGUAGAACCAACAGUUCACAGCGAAGAAAAUCUAAAGGAGGCAGCCAGCGACAGUGAAAAGAUCACUUUGGCAGACACCCGUGAACUAAAUAAAUUAGACAAUGUAAACAGUAAUGUUUCUUCUACAGAUUCCACUAAUGCUAAGAUAUGCAAGGUCGAAAAAUUGUUUACAACCGUGAUCGUUUCUAACAGUGACGAUGAUAAAUUGGGAGACAAACAUGUGAAAAAUAACAAUCACUCUUUGAAACGUUCGCAAGUCGAUUUUAAUAAUCCCGCAGAUUACGUGAAUUUAGUCAAAUCCGACAUUUCGAAGGAUUUAUUUAAAGAUACUGUCACAUGUAAAAGUAAUAACAAGACUCUGGAGCUUGUGGAUAUAACAGAAGAUAAAGUUGAGUCAAAUAUAUCGAAAUUCGUGGAAAACGUAACGAAUACUUCGUCGAUACAAAACCAAAGUGAUUCAUCCAGUGUUAAGGACAACGCAGAAGUAACAAGCGAGGACCGUGUUGCGAAUCAAUCUGUAACGCAAACUGUAGAUAAUAAUUUAAGAUUACAAAAUAUUUCAUUGGUAUCUAACGAUACGGAUCAUUCUAAUAAUGAGAAGGAAACGAGUGACGUUGGUGCGGCCGUUCUAAGGAAAAGAAUUAAAAGAACAACCGUUACAAAACAAAGUGGCACUGAGGAAGAUAAACAAGAGGAAAAGGAGCCCGGCCGGCAAAAGCGGAAGACGGCUAGAAACGCCGAAGAGAUAAUCAGGAAAAAGUAUCUUGUUAGCGACAGUGAUUCUAGCGACAGUUCGGAACAAUUUGUGACACUAAACAAAGUGAGUCAGAAUAUACAUCCUGUGUCACCAUCUCCAUUGAAACGUUAUUGUUCGGAAAACGAAGUUUUUAAUGGUAAUACGAAGAAAGCGAAGAUGACUACCGAGGAGAAAAAGGAUGUUGCGCAAUUAUCCUUCAUUGAGAAAUUUUUUCGGCGGGAUUUCAAAGAGAGAUUACCACGACUUACGCAGGAGGAACUGGAGGAGCUUCUGAUUCAAAAGAUUGUCGAAACAAUUGCGAUGCGCAGCGAAAUUGGACAGCUCAGAGAACAAGCUCGCAUAUCAGAGAGAUAUCAAGAGACGACACGUGUAAAGAUGCAACAGCUGAUAAAGCAAGUGAAGGAUUUUGAGAUGGUCCUGAACCGUAACGCGAUAGACCGCCGUGCGAAUCCUGAUAAAACUGUCGCGCCAAUAAAAAUAAACAGAUCUGUAGGCUUGCAAGUCAGCUUUAUAACGGAACACGGAAUGCAGAACCUACGGCAAACUGCGAAUGUCAAACCUACGGCGAACACCGCGAACAGCACCGACACUUCAACUACCGAGACGAUUAACAACGCAACAAGCCCGAGACGCGUUGGAAUUAAAGUAAGAUCGCCCCGGCCCGUGGUGACAGUGUCUGCCCCUGUGAUUACGCAGACUCAUCCAGUUCAAACGGCGCCUGUUCUUUCCACCGUGACGCCCGCAGCUUUGGUUGUUGCUAAACCUGUGGAAUCCUCACACCCGCUAACGCUGCCCAACCAGUCUACCAAUAUACAGCCGAUCUUACCUGCUCCACAACAGCAGAUUCAGUCGCAGUCACAUCAGACUAUUGUCCUAAACGGCAAGAUACAGAAUCAAGUAAAUCGUCCGCCACUGAUAGCUCCGAAACCAAGAAAUAACGAUCUUAUUGACCUGACGGACGAGGAAGAAAAAAAUAAAUCCAAAAUUACAACUGCAACCGCAGCAUCUAUAAUUGAGCAGCAGUUGAAUGUAACGUCAAAACCUGCGCAAUCUUUCCCAAGGGUAUUACAAGCGAUACCGGCGAACGUAGCAAUUGCGGCGCAACCGACUAGUAUAAAAGUGAUAACGACUAAUCAACAGCCAACAUCAACUGCUCUCGUCAAUAAUGUGAAUCCGCCCAGACUAGCGUAUGUGAUGCAAAGUGGCACGGGCUCGCCAAGACAAGUACUGAUAGCAAACUCCAAUCAGCAAGUACAGAUACGACCAGUAAAUGCGCCAAGAUCAUCUUUUUCCACUGUUACUUACAAGACAGGAGUGCCAACACUCACAAAUGGUGCUGUGCGCGUAUUAACCACGCCGGUUUUACCAAAAAUACAGAUAAGUAAGCAUCCAGCACCACUGCCAGACAUUCCAAAUUACGCAGCAACACCUGGCUGGAAAUUUCCACCGCCAGCACCAUCGUUGAAGAUUUCCAAAGUGUCAAAUGGCAUAGUGUUAUCCUGGAACAUGAAUCUAACUGAUAAAUUUGCGGAUAUCGCCAGUUAUCAAUUGUACGCGUAUCAGGAAGUCGCUGGCGUGAGUCCUAGCACUUCGCUGUGGAAGAAAGUGGGGGAUGUGCGCGCACUUCCGCUUCCUAUGGCGUGUACUUUGACUCAGUUUUCCGAGGGUAAUAAUUAUUAUUUUGCGGUCAGAGCGGUUGACACGCAUUCUAGAAAAGGACAGUAUAGUAUACCUGGCAAUAUCUCUCUGUAAAGGAGUAACAUCAAGUUUUGAGAUCUCUAUUGCUUCUGUUUGCCUUUUAUUACUUUUUACUUCUGCGUUCAACGCGUAAUUGUGAUAAAAAUAGUAUGUAGAUAACGUCUCACAUUAACACAGUAUAUUACAAUGGAUCUGAUUCAACGGUUCAUUUAGCUACUGUCCAUCUUUUGGACUAUUAAAUAAAUGCGAUAAUUACUCCAGUUUAUACUACACCUAUAAUAUAACACAAAUGCUUCCAAUGGCACACACUAAUUUAUUGUACAUAUAAUUCCCAAUUUGAUAAUAGAUGUCUUGUUUCUUUUUAUUAAUUUCUUUUAACAGGCGAAUUUUCAUACAUUCUUUUGGAGCAAAGUAUUGAUCGAUUGCAACUGUAAUUGUUUAUUUCUUAAAGUAAUUUUUAUUAUAAAUUCAUGAAAUUAUUUCAACGUUUUUACCUUCUAAUUUCUAUUAUUUAUAAACAUUUAAUAAACCGUCAUACAGUGCAUAAGAUGGAGAGAAUUCUAGUCAGAUUUCAUACAAAAUUCAAAUAUACGUAAUAUUCUUCAAAGACUGGUUUUGCAGGACGGAUAUUAUUAUUCGAGCCCAAUUAAAGGUUCUAAGGCGAACGACAUGCUGUUUGAUUGUCUGCGUCGAGUGUCACUGAACGCUAAACGAGAGAUAGCAAUAAUCAGCGAUAGACAGACAUAACACUCGUAGCACAAAGUGGGAAAUGUUUUGUACAUUAAGUAUUUCUUGGUAAAAUCUUACUCGUAUGUAUAAUUAUCGGAUAAUUUAUUAUUCAUAAUAAUGUUAAACUAAAAGCAAAUAGUUUAACAAUCUAUGAUACGUUAUGUAUAGGGUAUUUCAUCUUAACGAAAUAUCUCUUAAACUUGAUGUCGUACAGAAAAAUCUUUCAGACAAAAAUGGUCUAGAUAAUUAAUGGUAAAAUGGAUGGUAAAUAAUUUUCGAAAAGAAUUCAUUUUUUAAAGUCACACGAAGGUCAUUACCAUCCUUUAAACAUUUUUUAACACACACGCGCACGCACAGUUAUUAUUUAAUUAUUUUUAUGAACAAAAUAUGUAACAAUUGUAUAUAUACAGUAUUAUUAUUCGUUACAUUUUCAUACAACAUUUUAAUAUAACAUAUUCUUGUGUAAUUUCCCGACGUGUUUCUGUUAAGAUAAUUUAUCUGUAAUAAAGAAAAGUUCUCCA